UGGUACAGACGCGUUUAAAAACGCCCAAGCAGGAGUCCGCAAUUACCGCGUUUUGUUUUAUCAUCACCGUAUCGAAUUAUUUCCUUGAUUGACAGAUCGCUGCCAAAUAUAUAUAUAUAUAUAUAUAUAUAUAAAAAAAUCGCAGUGGCGUUGUAGAAAAGAUGCAUUUGUGAUUUAUUUAUUUUUUCUUUUUAGUUGAAAGCAUCCGUUUCCGACUACAGCUAUGUAGUUUCUACUUCUGUGCCUUUUAUAAUCAGUUAAAGUUGCAUUUAACUUGCAUCUGCAUUGCAUUACACUGUCGUCCUGGGCUGUGGAGCUGGAGUAAGUAUGGGACUGCCUGCGCUAGAGUUCAGCGACUGCUAUGUGGACAGCCCCCAGUUCCGAGAGAGGCUGAAGUCUCAUGAACUGGAACUAGAGAAGACCAACAAGUUCAUCAAGGAGCUGAUUAAGGAUGGCAAAGCUUUAAUUCAAGCCCUGAAAAAUUUGUCUACUGCGAAGAGAAAGUUUGCAGAGUCACUGAACGAGUUUAAAUUCCAGUGCAUUGGCGAUGCAGAAACAGACGAUGAGAUAUGCAUUGCCAAAUCACUACAGGAGUUUGCUGGAGUCUUACAGAACCUGGAAGAUGAGAGGACACGAAUGAUUGAAAAUGCCAGUGAUGUGUUGAUCUUGCCACUGGAACGUUUCAGGAAGGAGCAGAUUGGAGCGGCAAAGGAAGCCAAAAAGAAAUAUGAUAAAGAGACUGAGAAGUACUGUACAGUGUUGGAGAAACAUCUCAGUCUGUCUGCAAAAAAGAAGGAAGCACACCUUCAUGAAGCGGAUAACCAGGUGGACAUCGUGAGGCAUCACUUCUAUGAAGUCUCGCUGGAAUAUGUCUUCAAAGUGCAGGAAGUUCAGGAGAGGAAAAUGUUUGAGUUUGUGGAGCCGUUGCUGGCUUUUCUACAGGGUCUGUUUACAUAUUAUCAUCAUGGGUACGAACUGGCCAAAGACUUCAACCAUUUUAAGACAGACCUCACAAUCAGCAUUCAAAAUACGCGGAAUCGAUUCGAGAGCACACGUUCAGAGGUGGAAUGUUUGAUGAAGAAGAUGAAGGAAAACCCGCACGAACAUAAGAGCAUCAGUCCACACACAAUGGAAGGAUACCUGUUUGUGCAAGAGAAACGUUCCUUCGUGUCCACAUGGGUGAAGUACUACUGCAUCUAUCAACGAGAGCCCAAACGCAUGACCAUGAUGCUGUUUGAUCAGAAGUCUGGGGGCAAAAAUGGAGACGAGGAAAGCUUUACGCUCAAAUCUUGCACCAGAAGGAAAACAGACUCCAUUGAGAAGAGGUUCUGUUUUGACAUUGAAGCUGUGGACCGGCCUGGAGUGAUCACCAUGCAGGCGCUGUCAGAGGAAGAUCGCAGACUCUGGAUGGAAGCCAUGGACGGAAGAGAACCGGUAUACACCCUAAAUCGUGACAGCCAGAAUGAAGCUAUGGCACAAUUAGAUGUCAUCGGCUUCAACAUUGUCAAAAAAUUCAUCUAUGCCAUAGAAACCAGAGGUAUUGAUGAACAGGGGUUAUACAGGAUUGUCGGUGUGAGCUCCAGAGUGCAGAAACUACUCAGCCUGGCCAUGGACCCCAAAACCUGUGCAGAUGUGGAGCUGAACAGCACAGAAUGGGAGAUCAAGACCAUCACCAGUGCAAUAAAGCACUACCUCAGGAUGCUGCCGGCCCCUCUCAUGACAUACCAGUACCAGAGGAGCUUCAUCAAAGCAGCCAAACUGGACAUUCCCGAGGCGAGGGUGGCAGAGAUCCACUCCACAGUGCACCGUCUCCCUGAGAAGAACCGCCAGAUGCUGGAGCUUCUCAUGAAACACUUGGCCAAAGUGGCCAGUCACCACCAGCAGAAUUUGAUGACGGUUGCUAACCUCGGCGUAGUGUUCGGCCCUACGCUCUUGAGGCCUCAGGAAGAGACUGUCGCUGCAAUCAUGGACAUCAAGUUCCAGAACAUUGUGAUAGAAAUCCUAAUUGAGAACCAUGAACGGAUUUUCAAAGACAUGCCAGUGUCUGGAGGAGGGCAGGGCAAACUCCAGCCUAACCUGCCCAGACGGAGGAGUGCAGACAGCAAGGCCCCGUCCUGCAGCGAGAGACCCCUCACUCUUUUCCACACCCCCCCUCAUUUUCAGAGAAAGACAAAGGAUAGCAACACAUUUCUGCUUUUUGCAUCAGCAGUGGGAGAAGAGGAACACAGUGUGGUUGUAAACUCCAGUGCAGACUUGUCAUCAGUAAAUUGCAACAGCACACUCAGUUGCACUCGACUCGACAGCGUACCCACUGGAGACGGAGACCACGAUGGGCUUCAGCUGCCCAAGCAGAGGCGGCCUAAUUCACUUCAAAAUCCAAAGGUUCUCAGCAGUAUGUCAACAGGUCAAAAUCCAAAGGUUCUCAGCAGUAUGUCGACAGGCCCGGCUUCACCCAGUCCCACCUCACCUCGCUCCCCCUCAUGGCCGACGUUCUCUGCCCCCUCCAGCCCCUCCAGCGAAUCCUCCCCCGUCAGUCCUCCGCCACGAAAGGCACGUGCACUAUACGCCUGCAAGGCUGAACAUGACUCAGAGCUGUCCUUUAUCGCAGGCACCGUACUCGAGAACGUGCAUCCCUCAAGAGAACCAGGCUGGCUGGAGGGCACGCUGGACGGGAAGACGGGGUUAAUUCCGGAGACUACGUGGAGUUUGUCUAGCUGGAAGUCAGUGAGAGCGGUGCCACACAGAGCCCGCUUUUGAAACAACUGAACUUCGACAGAAAAGCCGAGUUCAUAUGCCUGUGUGAUAGAAUGGGUUUUUUGGCAAUCCCCUAGCGCUUGUUCCACGCAUCCCACAAUGCAUUGCCGCUGUUUAAGACAAAGUUCAACACAAGAUAAAAGGGAAAAAAAUAAUAAAAAAACCCGGGACCAAGUUGUU